ACUCAUCAUUAUCUUCUGAACUCUGAACAGGACUCCAUGCCCAGGAACCACAGAUGCCCAACAGCAGCUCCAUCAGCGAGUUCCUCCUCCUGGCGUUGGCAGACACGCGGCAGCUGCAGCUCCUGCACUUCUGGCUCUUGCUGGGCAUCUACCUGGCUGCCCUCCUGGGCAAUGGCCUCAUCAGCACAGCCGUAGCCUGCGACCACCGCCUGCACACCCCCAUGUACUUCUUCCUCCUCAACCUCGCCCUCCUCGACCUGGGCUGCAUCUCCACCACUCUCCCCAAAGCCAUGGCCAAUGCCCUCUGGCACACCAGGGCCAUCUCCUACGCAGGAUGUGCUGCACAGGUCUUCUUUUUAUUAUUCUUACUUUCUGCAGAGACUUUUCUUCUCACCAUCAUGUCCUAUGACCGCUACGUUGCCAUCUGCAAGCCCCUGCACUACGGGACCUUGAUGGACAGCAGAGCUUGUUCCACCAUGGCAGCAGCUGCCUGGGGCUCUGGGCUUCUCUAUUCUCUGCUGCACACGGCCACUACAUUUUCCAUGUGUCUCUGCCAUGGCAAUGCUGUGGAUCAGUUCUUCUGUGAAAUUGCCCAGAUCCUCAAGCUCUCCUGCUCAAAAUCUGACUACCUCAGGGAAGUUGGGAUUAUUUAUUUUAGUCUUUGUUUAAUCUUUGGUUGUUUUGUCUUCAUUGUUGUGUCAUACAUGCAGAUCUUCAGGGCCGUGCUGAGGAUGCCCUCUGAGCAGGGACAGCACAAAGCCUUCUCCACGUGCCUCCCUCACCUGGCCGUGCUCUCCCUCUUAGUCAGCACGGGCUUUUUUGCCUACCUGAAGCCUUCCUCUAUCUCCUCCCCAUCCCUGGACCUGCUGGUUUCAUUUCUGUACUCAGUGGUGCCUCCAGCAGUGAAUCCUCUCAUCUACGGUUUGAGAAACCAGGAGCUCAAGGCUGCAGUGAGCAAGACAUACGUCUUCAACAUCCAUAAGAUGCAUGCUAGUCUCACAGGAGUCUCAAGGUUACUCUGAAAUUGUUAGGACAAUCUCUUAUUAUUAUUUGUCUUCAUUGUUGUUUUCACAGGCACGACUUUGAUUUCAAAAGUGUUAUUCUUGGCCUGCAACAUUUCUGUUGUGUUUUGACACACUCAUGUCAUGUACCUGUUGAACAAGGCGCUCUGUUGAUAGACACAAUAA